AUGGCGGACCACCAAGUGCCACACAAUGCGGAGCAGCAGCCCUCGUCGACCCUUCGAGCCGAGUUAAAGGAAUGGGAGCGAGCCUUUACCGCUGCGAAUGGAGGCCGCAAGCCUGGGAGAGAUGAUAUCAAAAACAACCCUGCCAUUUCUGCCAAAUACAAGCUCUAUUCCCGCCUGCGUGCGCAGUCGUCGCAAGCCAACAGCUCCUCUUUCGCACCAGCACAGGAAGCGCCCCAGCAGAGGAAACGUAAACGUCCCUUGGAUACGCAGGAAGAUGCAAAGGGACUACCACCCCCCCAAUCCUGCUCAACUCCCCGAAAAUCCUCCGAGAACAUCCCCGCCACCCCCGACCGGAGGUUUCUAUCAACAUCGACUGCUCUUUGUGCAAACGCCCACCCAUCCCAGCUAGACCCUUACGAUUCCCCGUCCACGUUACGCAGAUUCUUCAGUCCCAGCUAUCAUCGCAACCUUCACGAGGAUCCUCAUUCAUCCUCAUCACCCUUGCCCCUCCGCGCAGCCAUUGGGCCUACCCCACAGCGUGAUGGUAAGGCCCUGGGUCUAUUUGACCUCCUCUCCGCCUCUGGGGGAAGUAAUAGUAGUAGUAGUAGUCGUCGUCGUCGUCGUUGUAGAGACAGUGCUGUUGUUGCUGCUGCUGCGACCCCGUGUCUGAGACACGGGAAGCGGGUUAAUAAUACCAAAAAUCAAGGGAUUGAUAAUCCAAUGCAGACUCCCUCGCGACGAAAGGAGAGCCGAAUUAAUUCAGGGGAUCAGGAUGGUGAGGACGGGGAUGAGGUGGCGGAUGAGGAUAAUGAUGAUUAUGAAAACUUCUUCGCCAGCACACGCACGCCUGCGUCAUCUGCUAAGAAGUUCUACCUGGCCAAUUUUUUCGCUACGCCACCUGCAUAUCGGUAUUCGGCUGCUAUUGAUACCAGAGCAGAUAGUCUUGAUGGUGCCAAUGAUAACCAACCAGCAAGCAACAACAACUCAUCUAAUGGAAGAAGUGGGCCCCCAGCGGGGUCUAAAGAUGCACUGGGCUCAGACACCCCCUCUUUCCUCAGGCGACGGAACCUGUUUUCAUCAUCAUCUUCCUCAAUGGUCAACUCUCGGCAGCAUGUGGGCGUGGUCGGUGGGGUUAGCGUCCAUGAUCUAAGUCCCGUUGCAGUUCGCAUGCCGCAAAAACUUGUUGGAAGGGGGCUUAGUGCUAUAGUUCAGGGGCUAAGGGAUAUUCAAGAAGAAAGGUUGGAUGAAGAGUUGGAUCUUUUGAGAGAGAUGGAGGCCGAGGCGGCGGCGGCGGAGAACGAUGAUGCCGUUGUUAUUAAUGAUAGUCAGGUUCCUCUACAAGAUGGUAGUGGCGGCGGUGAUGAUGAUGGGGGAAAUACUCUUGCAAUGAGACGGUGGAAGAAAAAAGGACAGAAACGCACGACGCGACGAGUUAUCAUGAGGCCCGUUCACACAAAAGCGCAACCAAUGCCGGGGUGGCCCGUGGCUGCGAUUGAUGGAGAAGGCGAUGGCGAUGGCGACAGGAAAGGAGGGAGUGGAGACGAGCUGGCGGCUAUAUCAGAAACCCAACUUCAGCCUCAGCUUCCCCCCGAGCCCGGCGCGAACAAGGAAAACGAAACUCUCGCCCGGCCGGAUACGCACACGGAGACAAAUAAAGAGUUUGCUCUCACAAAUACUUCCACGUCCAUCGCCACUGCUAAUGUCAGUGUCAGUGUCAGUGCAGCGAAACUGAAACCAGCUACCAUGAAGGGCACGACGGCAAGAGUGACAACAGCAACCAACCAGAAACACAAAACCAAACCGGACGCGCAUGCUAAUUACCGCGCGCUGAAGAUUCGGGGGAAAGGGUCGAAUGCGAGGGGAAAGGGGCGACGGUUUGGGAGGAGGUGA